AUGGGCAACCAUCUCUCAAGUGAAAAGUCCUUUGAAAGUUCCCGUGAGGUUGCCGAAUCCUCCGAUUCGAUGAAGGAGGACGAAUUCUUGUAUCUAUCCCGGUUCGAUACGGCAGGAAAAGCACUUGCCGAACUUGCCUAUGUUGCUGCUCAAUAUGAUGACGACGGUAUCGAGAUUCAGUUUCUUAAUAAUUCCAUUGUGAAGCAUGGGCUGAAAACAAAGGAAGACGUAAUGGAACUCUUCCAAAGUGUUAUUCCAAGUGGUUUGACGCCAAUCGGCGCCAAGCUAGAUGGUUUAAUGACGGCCUAUAUCGAUGACUUCAAGAAACUGAGGCAUAGUGACAAGCAACCCAAGCCCGUGAAUUAUAUCCUCCUGACCGACGGCGAACCAACCGACAAGAAACCCUUGACCACAGAAGAGGUUAUCGUCAAGGCCGCCAAGGUCCUUGAUGAAAUAUGUGCGCCACAGAUACAAGUCGGUAUACAGUUUGUACAGGUCGGUGCCGAUACGAACGCCACAAAGUACCUCCAGAGACUGGAUGACAAUCUCAAGCAGACAUAUAACAUUCGGGAUAUCGUUGACACGGCGCCCGCACGAGCAGGUCACAAUCUCGACGGACAAGAUAUGAUAAAGAUUCUGACCGGGGGAAUUAACAGGAGGAGGUAUCUACAUAAUCCACAGCAAUAUAAACGAAUCCUAAAAAUUCUACGUGACCAGACUGUGUGGCCAAUUUUGGCACGCAUUUUGGAUUAUCAAAUCUUUCUGCCGACUUUAUCCGGCCGGGCAUUCUGCAAUCCACCACCACCACGGGCACUGUGCAUUGAGCUCUCAAGCCUAUUGAUGCUAGUAACAGCAAUAAUAACUGCUUCAGAAGAAACGGGUGCCUGCCACAGGUCUACCUAGCAAAAUUUCCGGAGAUGGCUGUACCUGAGGCUCUGUUAGCCGUCUCUGUUUUUCCAUUGCAUCUCCUCGACUAUCAGUAACGGACGACCGUUACCUUCUAGAAUUUCGAUUCUGGGCCUAUGCUGUCCCUAUUUUCUGACGCGCAUCACACUGAGGGGCAAUCGUUGGAAGCUGUACUGUUCAUGACCAGUGCAUAGAUCCUCGCUCUUGGAACAAUAAACUAAGGAACGACAGCCACCUUGAAUCCCACUUCGGGC